AAUGGAGACACUUUUCUUGAUUAUCGCUCUUCAUGUGUCAGGAUUCACAGUUCUGGCACUACCUCAAGCUAAAAAUUUGGCAUUGUAUGGAAGGGCCACACAAUCAGACCUAGUUGAAAACCCAUGGUCAGGGUACAGUGAUGCCCACAAUGCCAUUGAUGGAAAUCGUGACCCACAUUUUCAUCAUGGAUCCUGCACUGCUACUGAUUGGCAAACGAAUCCCUGGUGGAGGGUUGAUCUUUUGAGCCCGUACAUAAUCACUUCAGUCGUCAUCACCAACAGAGGAGACUACUGCCCUGAGAGACUCAACGGAGCUGAGAUUCGUAUCGGCAACUCCCAGCUGGACAAUGGCAAUAACAAUCCACUGGCAGGGGUCAUAUCCUCCAUCCCAGCUGGCAGAUCCCUCAGCUUCACAUGGGAUAAUGGGGUACAGGGACGAUAUCUUAAUGUUGUUUUGCCUGGACACAACAAGCUUUUGACACUUUGUGAGGUUGAGGUGUAUGGAUAUCCAGCUCCAAAUGGUGAGAAUGUGGCUUUAAAAGGGAAAGCAACGCAGUCAGACCUUUAUGAAAAUGGUUUUGCGUACAAUGCCAUCGAUGGGAAUCGUGACAGCAUUUAUGCUCAUGGUUCCUGUGCUCACACAGAAGCUCAUCGCAACCCUUGGUGGAGAGUGGAUUUGCUCCAAAAUCAUAAAGUCUUCUCUGUGGUAAUCACCAGCUCUGUGGAUGACCUUCCCAGUAGACUGAAUGGGGCUGAAAUACGAGUAGGAAAUUCUUUGGAGCAGAAUGGUAUCAACAACCCCAGAUGUGCAGUGAUCUCCUCUAUUCCUCUUGGGUUCUCCGAGACCUUUGAGUGUCAUGGGAUGGAGGGACGCUAUGUUACUGUGGUGAUUCCUGGACGUGUAGAGUAUCUAAUACUCUGUGAAGUGGAGGUGUACGGAUCACCACUGGACUAAAGUCCAGAACUAAAGUCCAGUGAAACAGCACACAGGAUGGAAAACCUCUCAACUUUCUCAAUUUUGAAAUGUAUGUAUUGUU